AUGUUGAUUGCUUUCAUGGGUGGUGUUUAUAAAGAAGCAGUAACUAAAGGUAGACAAGCUUUAUUAAGGUAUAGGGCAAACCAAAUAGCAGAUUAUGAAGCUUUAUGUCACUUCCAUCUUUGGCCUCAAGAACCAGAUCCAAAAUAUAUUUAUUACAUCGGUCAGUCAAUAAAUUUUGAAAAUUGGCAUAAAUUAGAAAAGACGAUCAAGAUGCCAUUUACAAGGAUUUGA